AAAAAGCUAUAAAUAUAGAACGCUGUAUUUUCAAGUCUCAGCAAAACAUGUGUCUUACCAACCUGUUUCAUAUAAUAUUCCUUCUGUCCGCUCUACAUGUAUCCAUGCAAGAUGCCCUGGAUCCCUUACCUGACAUAAACCUGGAUGAAAUGAAUUUGAUUGAGAGUUACAGUCAAACCUUAUAUGCGUUUAAAUUUAAAUCAAGAUAUAGAACUAGCAUUAUUUCUGAUUUAGAACGAGAAAAACUUCGAAAACAACAUCGAAAUACAAAUGACCCAAUUGUCAAAUAUAUGGAUUGUGAGAUGGAACUACAGAUGAAUUUUCAAAAGAGUAUACUUAUGAAAGAUAUAAUCAGAACAACAUCAAUGGAAGAAGACGAUUUCGGUGUCAAGCUUGAAAAGUCUUCCGAAAAACAAGUGUGCUUCAAUCAUAAGCAAAGAACCUUUGACAUAAAAAACCAAAUUGAUAGUCACAUCAGAGCCUUCAGUAUAUCUAUAAGAUAUUACAACUAUGAAUUAUUUAACUUUCAACUGUUGUCGGACAUCGUAAAUAAACUUGAUCAGAAAUACAUGGAACUUAGCUUUGAACUAUUGUCGGAAAUCCAUCAUAAGGUCGAAAAUAUAUACAAAGAAGGUGUGUGAAUGAUAUUCAUAAAUAUUUUCUUAAUCAAGUGGAUAUUAUGUGAUACAUUUACUCGAUGCAGUACAUGCCCAGGGUGCAUGAAGAACAUAGUUAUUCAGUGUCAACUUAAGCUACAAUGCGAGAAUUCUGUGUGAAACUAUCACGUUGAUAUUCACUAGACAUAGUACGUACACCAGUGAAAUAAGUGAUUGCCUUAGUUGUGUUCAGCUUUCUUGCGAUCGAUUAGGCAAUUCUCUAUCAUUUACGUUAUCACGAACAGUGAACAUGAAACUGAUUUUAUACAAAAGACGUUUCAAUAAGGAUCAGCUGGAGGAACAAACCAAUAAGUUUGAGUAUAAAUGAACGAAAAACAUUUAAAAUAACAAAUCAUACACAUGCUUUAGUUAUUUCAUUUUGCCUAACUCAUAUGUUUUGUACAGAAUAAUUAUUUCAAUGCAUUUUUACACAGCACAAUGAAAAGUCUUCAUGAUAUUAAUCGGGACUGCUAAUCACAAUGAACUGAUUUUUUGAAAGCUACACAAGUUUUCCUCGUUUAAUUUUGACAAUUAUUUUUAUAUCAAUGUAAAACAAAAUUGCUAGUUGAUUACUGUAACAAUUUUUAAUUAUUAACUAUUGUCUUUGUUUCGUUUCCGUAAUAAAAUUUUU